UAUAAAUGCCCAUGGCUUUGCAAUAUUUAGAACUACAACCCUUGCGUUCUUACUCCGAGAUCAGAUCCAAACAUAUCCCCUGUUAGCGAGAACUAGCCCACCGACCUCGUCAACAUGUCCUCCCAAGCGGAAUCCACCGCCCGCCCCCCUCCUGCUCCCGCCGCAGCCACGGCUUCAGACCCCCUCCCCGAACCCAUCAUUACCACUCCAAAAUGCAUCAUCCGCCUCCACCACCCCUCGGAUAUCCCCGCCAUGCAGCGCGCAGCUAACUCGCCCGCCGUGGCCAAGUACAUGACGUACCGCUUCGCGUCGCCCUACACGCUGGAAGACGCGCGGCAGUGGCUGGGGAUCGCCAUGAACCUCAAGGCGCCGGGGACCGACAUCCUGACGUCGUACGCCAUCUGCGAUCCCGCAACCAACAGCUACCUGGGCGGGAUCGGCGUCAAGACGCGCGACGACAUCGAGGCCAACACCUUCGAGGUCGGGUACUGGAUCGGCGAGGCGAGCUGGGGCAAGGGCAUCAUGUCGGAGGCGCUGCGGGAGUAUGCGAAGUGGGUGUUUCGGACGUUCCCCAACAUCAUUCGGUUGGAGGGCUAUACGUUAAGCGGGAAUGCGGCGAGCGAAAAGGUGUUGAAGAACGCUGGCUUCGUGUAUGAGGGGACGAGGAGGAAGGCGGCGGUCAAGCAUGGUGUCGUGUAUGAUCUGUUGAUGUUCGGCUUGUUGAGGGAGGAGUGUCCGUUGGAUAAAUGAGAAACGGGAUACUGCCAAGUUGGUGAAGUUGGAUAGGUAUUUCAUGGUUGAGGCUGUGGAAAGAAGAGGUAGAUGAUCCCUAAUAUCCUGGGACUGGUUUCACUCGUUUGUGUGCUGCUGAGACUCCGAUGAAGCCGCAAUGCCAGAUUGCUGUUACAUGUACAAUGUUUACUCGCCCCUC